AUGUCGACACCAGAUCAACCGAUGAAACAACAAGAGGACAAGAAGUCUCACGAUUCGGCCAUGCUCCAAGUCUGGCUGAACGAACCGGAAGACGUCGUCUCUGCGACUGAUACAUGGUCCAGUCAACGGGCCUUCGCCAAACCGAGAUGCCAUCUCGACUUCGAAGAACCCAAGCGACCAAAGAAUAAGGACACAGGCAUAGCAUCGGCUACGUAG